AUGGCUUCAACAAUUGAUAAAGAAAAUAGAAAUAGCAUAUUAAUAGUGUCCAUAUUUUUUGGCUGCUUUCAUCUUUUAUUUAAAAUUCGUCAAUUUUUAUGGAAUCCUUAUAGAUGGUUACAAAAUUUUUGGAAUUUUAUUGACUUAGGUGCUUAUAUAUUACCUACGUAUACAUCAAUGCUUUGGUACAAAUAUGGAGAAAUUAAUACUUCCUUAGUAUCAAUUUCAUGUCUUAUACUUGAAAUGAAAUUUAUACUCUUUUUUCGAACAUUUGAAUCAUUUGGGGUUUAUUUUGCUAUAAUUCUUAAACCUACAUCUCCGUUUUCUGAAAAUGAUUUAGGAAAUUUAACAGAACCUAAUAAUCCUUGGACUCCUGAUGAAUAUACAAAUUUAUUUUCAAAUUAUGCCAACUCUCUUUUAGCAAUGAGUGAUGGUACUUUUUUUGAAAAAUGGUCACCUGAGAAUAAUAAAACAAUGAUUGUUUUAAUGCUUUUAUAUUCAUUUAUCAUCGUUAUAUUUCUCAUGAACUUGUUAAUUGGACUUUUAAAUAUGGCAAUUGAAGCAGAUAAAGAUCGAGUAACUUAUAUAGCACAAAAGGCAGAGAUCCUUAAAGAAAUUGAAUUAUUUUAUUUACUACCGAAUCAAAGAAGACGCUGGAAAUCAUGGUUUUCUGAUUUAAUUUAUUACUAUGCUGAUGUUCAAGAA